AUGAAAUCUAUUGCUUUAAGCGCACUUUCUGCUACAGCAGGUAUUGCACUUGGUGUUUACCUUACAGAAAUUGUAGAAAAUUACCGCAAGAAGAAAGAAAUGGCCGCAUAUGCUGAUGACCCUGUAUAUGCAGACGACGACGCAGAAGAGGAAGAAGAGUUGUAUGAAGAAGAUGAUGAAGAUUUCAUUACACCCAAUCCAACAACUGUUGUUCCAGAAAAUUCUUGCGCAAUUUUCUUCAUAAAUAAGAGCCUGAAAAUGAGAAAAGGAAAGAUUUCUGCUCAAUGCGGUCACGCUUCCCUCGGUAUUUUCAAGAAGACAGCUAAAGUUUAUCCAAAAGUUGCAGCCUAUUGGUUUGAUAACAAAUUCGAUAAGGUCUUCUUCAAUAUAAACGAUCAACAACAGAUGGAACAGUACGCUCAGAAGGCCCUUGAUGCUGGAUACCUCUUUGAAACAAUUGUUGACGCAGGCCGCACACAAAUUGCAGCUGGAUCACAUACAAUUCUCGUUGUAGGUCCAAUUGAUAAGUCAAAUGUUGCAGAAUUCACAAAGGGACUCCAACAAGUUACAAAAUAA